CUACCCAUUCCCUAAAACAUGGCAUAAUUCCCAACGAAAUUUCAAUUAUACAUGAAUUAUAAGAGAUAGCUAACUAACUCAGAUUUAACUUCAGUAAAAAAAAAACUCAGAUUUAACUUCUCCGGUAUUCAGUUGAACGGUCGAAAGGAAAGAUGGAAGGAAAGGCAAGGAUGAAGAACAAACGACCACAGUCCAACUUGGAAUACUACUGCCUCCAGAUUUUCCAAAUCCUCUCAAAUUAAUUAAAAAAGAUUUUUUCCUACAAAAAAAGGAAGAAGAUUUUCAAUAGGUUCCCACAUCACGCGCCCCGUUUCCUUCCACGUUAGGUUUAUUCCAUCCGGAUAAGCUUCAAAAGUUCCCCUGCCCACCUCCUCUAUCCAUUUCUACGCGCCUGUUCCUUUUCCACCCACCAAAAUCCAAUUUAUAAAUUAAAAUUUAUAUUUAACGCCGCACACAUUUUCCCAUUUUACUUAAAAAAAGUUUUUCCACCCGCAUAUAUUAUUUAAUUUCCUCACCAUAUUUCCCACGACUUUCAAUUUCAAAUUCCACGAGCCUUCCAUUCCACGCGCCUUUCCUCCACGUAUAAAUACCCUCCCCCACCCCAUUUCUCUCUGUCAGAAAACCCAAAAAGCCUAUUCUUCUCCACACAAAAAAACGACGAUUGCCGGUUACCGUUUCAACCUCCGACGAUACCCGAACUUUUAGAAUCAGACAAUGGUUGAUCUACACUGGAAAGCCAAGAUGGUCUCCUCCAAUCUCCCCAACUCCCUCCAAGUACAGAUCCCGGCGCCGGCGUCGCCGGCCUUCCGCGGCGUCACCAGUGUUUCGCCGGUCUCGGCUUCCGACUCCGCCUGCUCAGCCUACGAGUCGUACCUCCGCCUCCCGGAGCUGAGGCAGCUCUGGUCCGACCGGGACUUCCCCGAGUGGAGUAAUGAACCGGUACUCAAACCGGCUCUCCACGCGCUGGAAAUCACUUUCCGGUUCGUCUCCACGGUUUUAUCCGACCCGAGACCGUACGCGAACAAGAGGCAGUGGAAGCGGCGGCUGGAGUCGCUGGCCACGGCUCAGAUCCAGCUCAUCGCCGCCCUGUGCGAGGACGACGGCGGCGGUGCGCCGGUCGUCGGACUCAGCUCCGGGAGCGGGGUUUUGGCGAGGGAGAGCAGCUACGCGGAGGUGUGGACGAUCCCCGGUGGCGGCGAGGAAGAUUCUUCCUCCGCCUCCGCCGUGGCGGUGAGCCGAGUCAGCGAGGCGAGCCUUCUCCCUCCGCUGUCCACGUGGCAGACGUCGGAGGACGUCGCGCAGAAGAUCAUGUACUCGAUCGAGUGCGAGAUGAGGCGGUGUCCCUACACGCUAGGCCUCGGCGAGCCGAAUCUCGCCGGGAAGCCGAACCUCGACUACGACGCCGUUUGCAAGCCGGCCGAGCUCCACUCCUCUUCCCUCAAGCGGAAUCCGUACGACCAUCAAAUCGAGAACCAAGAGAACCAGACUCUCUACACGGCGCACCAGAUCCUCGAAUCCUGGAUCCAGGUCGCCAAACAGGUGAUUACUCGGCUCACGGAGAGAAUCGCGGCGGAGGAAUUCGAGGCGGCGGCGAACGAUUGCUACUUUUUAGAACAGAUCUGGAAGCUUCUCGCGGAGAUCGAAGAUCUCCACCUCCUAAUGGACCCGGACGAUUUCCUCAAACUGAAGAACCAGCUGUCGAUCCGAUCGUCGUCGGCGGAGACGGAGCCGUUCUGCUUCCGCUCGCGGUCGCUGGUGGAGAUCACUAGAUCCUGCAGGGAGCUGAGGCACAAGGUGCCGGAGAUUCUCGCUGUGGAGGUGGAUCCAAAGGGCGGGCCGAGGAUUCAGGAGGCGGCGAUGCGGCUCUACAGGGAAAAGUCCGAUUCCGAGAGGAUUCACCUGCUGCAGGCCUUGCAGGCGGUGGAGACGGCGCUGAAGAAAUUCUUCUACGCGUACAAGCAGGUCCUCGUGGCGGUGAUGGGGAGCCUGGAGGCGAAGGCGAACUCCGCCGGAGCGGCGGUGGUCGUCGCGAGCUCCGACUCGUGCGACUCGUUGACUCGGUUGUUUCUGGAGCCGACUUAUUUCCCCAGCUUGGACGCUGCCAAGACGUUUCUUGGGAAGUUCCACGAAAGGAGGAAUACGAGGCAGUAAAAAAGCGACGGUAAAAAAACACUAAUCGGGUAAUUUUAUUUCCACAGAAGUCAAUUUUCCCCCACACUGAAGCGUUUCGAAACGUUAGCGGCAUUCCGUUGUAUUGUGGAAAGUUCUUUUUUGUUUACCGGUUUAUAUGUAAACAAUAUAUUUAAUUAUUGUGU